CCCCGGAUCAUCUUACGCCAACCAUCCAAGGCAGUCGCAUUUCAACUUCCAACCGCUUCAUUGUCCGUCCAAGAGAAGGCAUUAUUUCUGAGCUGUAUCCUUUACCACCGUUUUCCCCGGAAUAAGUACCGUGCACCGGCAUAGCCGUCAUUUUACUGCUUCGACUCCGCGCCCUUCCAAUUCUUGGCCUUAGACGCCGAUCGUCUUGUUGCAGCCUCGUCCCAACUCGCCGGCCUCCUUGUAAUCGAAGAACACACGAUGCCUCCUCCUCCUCCACCACCUCCGCCACCGCCGCCCGGCUUUGGAGGUCCUCCCCCUCCUCCACCACCUCCACCCCCGGGAGGCGGUACUUUGCCGGCGCGUCCGCCUGCUGGAUUGCCGAAUAGGGGUGCCUUGCUACAAGACAUCGGCAAAGGAAAGGCGUUGAAGAAAACUGUCACGAACGAUCGAUCGGCCCCAAUCAUCGGCAAGGUAUCUGGAGGCGGAGGUCUCGGCCCAUCUUCUCUCGGUGCCCCCCCCGUUCCUGGCCUACCUAAAGCUCCCAGCGGUCUCGCCCCUCCUUUGCCUGGAAAUCGUGGGAGAAGUAAUAGCGAUCAGAGUGAUAGACAUCAACCGGCACCAAGCACAGAUGGACCCCCACAACUAGCUGGCCUAUUUGCUGGAGGCAUGCCAAAACUGCGCAAAACAGGUGGGGGCGUUGAUACUGGUGCAAGUCGAGAGUCUUCCUAUCUCUCAGAUCCCGAAUCUUCCAAGUCAGCACCAAAGCCUCCAACAAUAUCCGCUCCGAGACCUCCAGUGGGGGCGGCUCCUGGUAUACCAGGAAGGCCAUCACUACCCAGCACAUCGAGCGCCCCUGCUUUCAAUCCAUCGGCUGCCAAUCUCCGAAAAACAGGUCCACCGCCAAUUAUUGGCAAAAAGCCACCCCCGCCACCUCCGAGUUCUCGCAAGCCUUCGGGAGCCCCUCCACUUCCCGGCGCACCAGCACCCCCUCCUCCGUCCUCGGCCCCACCCCCUCCGUCGUUUUCGGCCCCUUCGCUUCCUCCCGCCCCUCCUCCGCCUCCUCCGUCUGCAGCUCCACGACCACCGCCGGCUCCAGCCCGCUCACAACCGCCGCCGCCGCCUGCUCCAGCCGCGGCCACAAAUAAUAUCUCGCAGAGUAUCGCGGCUCAAGCAGCAAUUCGUGCGGUAUCCAGUGUAUCGUCUCCUGCGUUAGCCCCUCCUCCACCACCACCCCCUCCCUCGAACGAUGCUCCUCGUUCGCCGGCACCACCCCCUCCUCCUUCAGCGGCGCCAGCUCCCCCCUCUCUAAGCCAUACUCCAUCCAGCGCUUCAGGUCGAGCGUCUCUACUUGAUCCGAGCAAUUUCACGCUUGCGCCAAAUGGUGGAGGAGCCAAGACCCCAAGCCCAACACGGAAUGUGUCGCUAUCACACGGUCCAAGUGGAGGUGGCGGUGGUCGCUACGUAGUACAAGACUCGAGGUGGAAGUUUACUAGUGAGGAGAACUUUCCGAAGCCAAGGGACUUUGUGGGAGGCCCAAAGAGGUAUCGUGCUGGUCGGGGAAGCAGUGUGCCGCUUGAUCUGGGUGCUCUUUAGAAUGGGCGGCAGCAGCAGUACGUGCGGGGCUAAUAUUGGAGAGAUGGAGGUGUAGGAGCGGAAAGUCGCGGAAUCAAUGACUUGGCGGAUGACGUGAUUAUGGUUGGUAUGUGAAAGGGAAGCCCAGCGUAAGGUCACUCUCGUGAGGCUGCUUGGCCGCCUUUGGUGGGAGUGUUAGAAGCGACAAGAGAACCCAGGUCACAGAUGGAAUAUCCAAGUGUAGGUAGCAUUUUGUCAAAACAAUCAUAUUGAAUCAAAAAUCGAAAACUAUCAAC